AUGCUAACUGUCUUCACGUAUGGGAAAGGCUGGAACAGAACAUGUGGAAUAGAAAUUAAACUUGUUCGGUUCACACUAGAAAGCAAAACCAGGAGCAAGGAAGAAAGUUGCAGUGAGAAGAUGAUGCAUGCCACCUUUCCACAGGGGACCCACUCUCUAACAGGUGUCCCACCAGGAGAGGCCAUGCUUGUGACUCUGGUCCAGCCCAAAUGUGUUUGUAACUUUAAAAGCCUACAUCCAGUUUGGGUGCCUGUGUUUAAAAAAAUCUGCUACGGGACAGUUGGCUUCCAUAGCCUCAUCCUCACAGACAAAGAUUCUUCACGUGGAAAUGAGCGCACCUUUUCUUGUAGACUGCUUGAAUGGACCUUUGCUAUCCACUCCUGGUCAGCUGCUGGGAAGGGCUCUCCAAACACAGCCAAAUCUCCAAAGGGAACUUCUCCACUGAUGGGCUGUCGGGUCGAGAGGCCUGACAGAACAGAACAGCUGCAGCUCAAAAAUCUCGUUCAAUUCCCUCUCCUCCGCCCACUGCCCCGGGCCGGCCUGGUGCAGCGAGGGGGCGGCGCCCCUCAGCCCGACCCGGUCAGGCGCGCGCUGCGCGGUCGGAGCGCCCGCUGGGGAGGGGCCCGACUGGGGCUACAGGUAGCCCGGGCUGCCGCCCGCGAUUGGAAUGUGCCCGGGGCGCGGGGGGCGCUUCCUGGCGGGAUGAAGGGGCUCCCUGCUGGCCGCCUUCCCGUUCUCGCCGCCUUCCUGGGGCUCUUCUGGACGCGCCAGGCAUUCGGAGCAUCUUUUUUUGGUGAAAGUUUUGUGGAACUGAACAUCAUAGAAGCUUCUCCAGACUUGUCCCUUCACUUAAAAUUUCAGACCAGCAAACCACAUGGAUUACUUUUUCUAGCAGCUGGAAAAGAUGAUUAUUGUGCAGUGGAACUCAUUUCAGGAAACCUACGGGUGAGAGUGAAUUUGGGUGCAGGUGAAUUAGUGCUACAUUCUCAACAAAAAUCACGCUUGGAUGACUUGGCUUGGCAUGUGGUUGAUUUACGUCGUGCCAGUGAUACUGUCACUCUGGUUGUUGACACUCUCCAUAGUACCAGUGGGAUAAUGUCAGGGAGGAUACGUGGAUUAAAUAUUCAGCAAGGAAUCUAUGUUGGGGGGAGCAGCAGUCUUGAUGUUCCUUACUUGGAAAGAGGACGCUCUAAUUUCCGAGGAUGUAUGGAGGACGUGAUAUUUAACCAGCGCGAGAUUCUGAACUCCCUCAGGUCUUACCCUGGAUUUAAGAAAGUUCAUGAGGUAUCAUUGGGAUGUAGUGAUGAAUUCUUUGCAGGUGAAAGUGAAGCUAUCAAUUUCUUUAGCUCCAAAUCUUAUGUCACUUUCCCAGGGUGCAACACCAAGAGAGAAGUACUCUGGGAAUUCACUUUUCAGACUGGAGCUGACCAGGGUUUGCUUCUCUAUCAGUCUGGAAGAUCAGGGGACUUUGUUGCUUUGGAAAUAGAAGCUGGAUUCAUUAAGGCACAUGUUGGAAGGAGUCAAACUAAAACUGAGCUUCCUUCCCUUAGCUUAAUUAGUGACAAUGAGUGGCACUUUGUUCAACUCCAGUUCACCAGGAGGUAUUUCAGCUUGCGGGUUGAUGAAGAAAGAGUCCAAAUAUCCCUGCCUCUACACAGCAGGGCACUUGAAUGUAAAGGUCCACUCUUUGUGGGAGGUGGUGAUAACAGUGCCUGGUCAGAAAUGAAGAAGUUAAAGUUUACCCCUGUUUCUAGGAAGUCUGCCAGAGGUGGCUCCUUCAAAGGCUGCUUAAGAGGCCUGAAGGUUAACUUGGAAAAGCUAUCACUAAAGAAUGCCCUUGUUUCCAAAGAUAUUUCAGCUGGAUGUAAUACUAAAAGUGGUGCUGUUUCAAGUAUUCCUGUAGCAACAACUGAAAAAAUGAUGCUUCAGACAACAACUCCCUCUUCUAGUACUCUUCCUGAAAGAUUCAGAUCUUCCCUUCAGGAGGACAGCAGUAAUUUCUUGGCUUUGAAUAACUUGGUAGUUCAGGAAGGUGGACAAGCCCCAGUUGAAAGUAAACAUAUUUGGGUGAAUUUGGAAUUUAAGGAAUUAGAAAUUCAUUAUUCCCAAGUCCUGUUUCAAAUUAAGGAAAAACCUAUUCAUGGAGAUUUGAGAUUAGUUGGUGCACCUGCAUCCCAGGUGGAAGCAACUUUUACGAUGUUAGAUUUGUGGCAAGGAAGAGUUAUGUAUGUCCAUGAUGGCUCUGAGAGCACCAGAGAUCACUUUAUAUUGUCUGUUUCUAUCAGCAAGGAGAAGGAAAUUCCUUUCCAUCUGCAAGGAGAUGAUCCAUAUGUGUGUAACAUUACUAUCAGUCCAGUAAAUGACCCCCCAGAGCUCUCCCUUCCAGAAGGAAAUUUGCUUCUCCUAUUAGAGAACUCCAAAAAACGACUGACGUCUAACAUGGUUAAGGUGUUGGAUCCAGAUACUAACCCGUUAGACCUGACUUUUUCAAUACUUGGAAACUUCAAUGCUGAUACUGGAUAUUUAGAAAACUCUAAGCAUCCUGGAAAAAUAAUUAAUACAUUUACAAAUGAGGAUUUACAACAUGGAAGAAUUUUCUAUGUGCAUCGUGGGCCCCAGAAUUCCCGUGUUGUUCUGCGAGUAAGUGAUGGGGAGUUGGUUAGUAAUACAACCGUAUUACGAGUCAAGGCCAUGCCUUGGGAUUAUGAAGUGGUAAAUAACACUGGUGUGACUGUUCAACAGGGCAGCGUGGUUCUGAUUACUCAGAGCAACUUGUCAGUACAGAUUAAUGCUGGGGAGCAGGAGAUGGAGAUACGGUAUGACAUUAUCCAACAUCCUCUUUUUGGUCAGAUUCAAAGACGAAGUUCUAAUGGGGAAUGGAAGCUUGUCAACACCUUUUCUCAACGUUCUAUUGAUCGAGAUCGGGUAAGGUACUAUAGUACCUUUAAAGAAUCACAAGUGGAAAAUGUCACUGAUCAUUUUACAUUUAAAAUUAGCAUUGAAAAUAAAGUCAGUGAAGAACUAGUAUUUCCCAUAGCCAUACAAUGGCUGAAGUAUAAAUUGGUGAAAAAUAGUCCCCUAAAUAUUGAUACAAUGGAUAAAAAAAUGUUAACUUCAGAUAACUUAAUGGUUAGGAUGGAGAGUAUGGAGGCACUUGAGAGCGAGCUUUAUUUUAAGUUACUGUCCCUGCCUAAGAAAGGAAAACUGCUGCUUGGCAGCAAUGUUUUAAAACUAAACUCCACCUUCAGCCAAAAAAAUAUUAUAGAUAAUGAAGUUGCUUAUGAACUAGUUGAGAGGUCACAAGAAAACACACAGGAUUCAUUCAGGUUCUUGAUUUGUACCAACUAUACAGAAUCAAAGGUUUAUAUCUUCACAAUAAAUAUCAGAGCAGAUCACAAUCACGUUAUUUUAACCAACAAAGGAUUUUCUGUAACUGAAGGCGAAGGGAAGUUAAUCACCAAAACAGAAUUAUUUGUGCAAACUUUGAGUAAUCAGGUUUUCCAUUAUAAGGUCACCAAGAGCCCUCACCAUGGGAAGCUGAAACUUAUUAACUCUUCAGAUUCACUGGAAAGUAAUGAUAACAUAACUACUUUUACCAACCAGGAUAUCACUGGUGAACGUUUGAUGUACAUCCACGAUGACUCUGAAACUGUGCGUGAUGAAUUCGUUGUUAGGGCAUCUGCCAAAGGAGCAGGAGAUGAGGAGACUGGGGUGGGUCCCGAAAUCAAAGUAAAUAUUUCUGUGAAACUAAAGAAUGAUGAGAAGCCUGUGCGCGUGGUAGAUAAAGUAUUUCAUGUGGUAAGAAAUAGUCAGCGCUUAUUGACAUUGAUGGAUCUUUGCUACCAUGACCCCGAUUCAGAUUUUAAUGAUAAGCAGUUGGUAUACACCAGGCGGGGCAUUCCAAAUGGUGAUCUAGUGUUAGCCAGUGAUCCCAGCCAAAAGCUCUACCAGUUCAAACAAGAAGACCUAGAGGAAGGGUGCGUGCUGUUUAGGCAUCGCGGCGCAGACUAUGCCCGAUUUGUGCUGCUUGUCACGGAUGGCACCCACUACACGUCCUCCCUUUUAGAGGUCAGUGCUUCGGAGCCGUACCUGCGGAUAGCCAACAACACAGGAUUGCUUGUGCUAAAAGGAAGAGAAAAAGCUCUCACAACUGCUAACCUUAGUGUUACCACAAAUCAUGACAUCAGAAGUGACACAGAGAUCAAGUAUGAGAUCUUUUUGCUUCCAAAGUAUGGCAGCGUCUUGGUGAAAAAUAGGCCAUCAGCUUCAUUUUCCCAGCAUGACUUGAAGCAAGGACAUGUGAUUUACAGGCAUAAUGACAACAACCACCUUGCUGAUAUGUUCAACUUGACUGCAAAAGUUAAAGAGAUACACUUGAAUAUUGGGAUUCGUGUUCAGAUGUACUUGGAAAGCCACCAACAUCCCCCUGAAGUUGUUCACAGCAAGAACCUUUUAGUUGAAGAAGGAAAAUCAGUGAAACUCAGUAGAAGAAAGCUUCAGGCUAUACAUGAAAAUAACUCUGCAUCAGAGAUAGUGUUCAUCAUUAAGAGCCCCCCGGUCCAUGGACAGCUCCGAAAAUUUGUCCCUGAAGAUUACUUGGAUGCUGAUGAGAAUUCUCCUUCAUCAUUUACACAACAAGAUAUAGAUGAUGGUCAUAUCCAUUAUGAGCAUACAGCUUUUGGCCAACGGCAAGAUCGCUUUUUGCUGGGUGUCACAAACGGUGUCCAGGCCAUCAGUGGUAUAGAAAUCAUGGUGGAUAUUAUCCCUAGACUGAUUCCUUUGGUCAUACAGAACUUCACGGUACAAGAAGGUGGCUCCAGAGCCCUUUUAGAGGACUUCCUUAAAAUUCCAAAUCACCAUUUUGUGGGAAUCGACUGUGAAUUUGUCCUAGUUGAAUCACCAAAGCAUGGUUACAUUGAAAAUUCUCAUUUUCCAAGAAUAAAGCUAAUGAAGUUCACCAGAAAACAGGUGGAAAAAGAAUUAAUUUACUAUGUCCAUGAUGGAAGUGAAGAACAACUUGACAGUUUUACAGUCUUUGUGAAUAACACAGAACUUGGGAAACAGAGUUUGCCCCAAACUCUCUUUGUGACAGUUCAACCAGUAAAUGAUGAGGCUCCAGUCAUAGUAGCCAAUAACAUAUUGCAGGUCUGGGUGAAUUCUGUUACUGAAAUAACCCAAAGUGAUCUCUGUGCAGAAGACAUUGAUUCCUCACCAGGAGAACUGUUCUACUCUGUCACCCUUCCCAGCAAUGGUCACUUGGCUCUGAAAUCUUUUCCAAAUACAAGCAUCCUGAAUUUCACCCAAGCUCACAUCAAUGAGGGCCACCUAGUGUUUGUACACACCGGAGCAAUGUCUGGUGGUUUUAGCUUUCAGGUUACUGAUGGCUUGAACUUUGCACCCCGACAGAUUUUUAGCAUCACAGCUCAAGCGCUGGUCCUCAGUCUGGAAACAAACAAAGGACUGGGAGUCUUUCCAGGCUCCACAAAGUCCAUUACAUCUCACAUCCUGAAAGCUGUGACCAAUGAUGAGGACAGUGUGGGAAACCAAUCGAUCACAUUCACAGUUCUAAGUUCCCCCAAACUUGGGAGGCUCAUUAGGCUGGACGCUGACAAUGACACACAGGAUGUUUCUGCAUUUACACAACAUGCGGUUAAUGAAGGUCUGAUAUCAUAUAAGCAUGCAAACAGUGAAAUUCAAGUCUGGGAUGCAGAAGAUUCUUUUACAUUCAUGGUCUCCUCACCUCCAGCUAUUCUAGGACCCCAGGUGUUUCCUAUUACAAUCUCAUAUGAUAUCAUUGAGCCUGGUCAGCACAGUCACCUUCUUGCAAAUACAGGAGCUGUUGUCCAAGAAGGAAGGAAAGUCUUAAUCGAUAGAUCUAAGUUAGAUGCUUCGAAUCUUCUGGUUAAAUUACCUGAACCUCAACGUGCUGCAUAUGAAGUCUGGUACCAGGUUACAUCUCUUCCCCGCCAUGGUACAAUUGUGGUUGGAGAGAGAAAUGUUACCAAAGAAAAACCCUAUUUCUCGCAGUACAUAAUUAAUAAAUAUGGCAUCACAUAUCACCAUGAUGACUCCGAAUCCCUAGCUGAUAAUUUUACCUUCUCGGUUUGGUUGAACCAGAAGAGCAGGUCUGCCACAAAACCGGAGGCUGACUUUCUUGAAGAGGUCUUUAAUAUCACCAUCUCUCCUGUGAAUGACCAGCCACCAAAGCUGAAGACAAAAGGACCUUCUCUGAAAGUGCUUCAGGGCAAUGUGUUCAGGAUGGGACCUGACAAUCUGAAGGUGGAGGACUUGGACAGUUCCCCAGCAGAGAUCGAAUACACAAUCAUCAGCAGUCCCACCAAUGGCUUUCUAGCAAGAGCUCCUCAUCUAGACGUCCCCAUUCACCAGUUUACCCAGGCUGACAUUGACAGUGGCCAGCUGUGGUUUGUACAAGAUGGAAGCCCAACGUCUGGGGUAUUUUACUUCAGUGUGACAGAUGGCACACAUCGUCCGCUGUACAAAGUCUUCCACCUGGAGGUUAUACCUGUCUCUGUAACCCUUGUGAAUCUGACUGACCUGCUCCUUCCGCAAGGCCAGACCUCAGUCUCUAUCACUAAUGUACAUCUGUCAGCAAUGACCAAUGGAAAAAGUACCGAGAUUGCUUACAAACUAAUCCAGCCCCUCCAGCAUGGGCACCUGCUCAUUGGAAAUGAACGAGUCACGAACUUCAAACAGGAAGAUUUAUUUUCUGGAAGACUCUCUUACCACAUGACAGAUCUCACUGCCUGCCAGGACAAGUUAAAGUUCACGUUGUUUACCACGGAGAACAACCUGACAGACCAGGCCCUCCACAUCCGAGUGCAGCCUUUGCUGCAAGUCACUUCCAGCCUGAAAAUCCCCAACAGGGUGACUUAUCCGUUGAGGCGAAAGGACCUGGAUGCUACUAAACUUGCUAAUUUGACAAAGAGUAUUCCCAGAUUUGAAGUCACAAAGCCACCUGUCCAUGGAAGACUUGUAAGAAGAGUCAGUCGCCAUGCCGAACCAGAAGGAAUUGAUCUGUUUACUCAAAUGGACAUUGAUCAAGGUAUGUUGAUGCUUGAUACACAUGCUAACAUGACUGGUGUGGAUACGCUUAAUGAUUCCUUCACCUUCACACUCAAGGCAGACCAUGUGCAGCCCGCUAUAGGCUACUUUCCGUAUACUAUUGUGCUGCCUGAUUCCUUGUUUAUACAAAAUUUUACACUAGAGGUGCCAUUGUCAUCAGAUGGUCUGAUGACAUCUACAGUUUCCCAAGAAAAGGCUAUGAUUUCCAUGGGACCCACGGCACAGACUGAAGGCCCAAGGAAGACAACACAGACAAGAAGACUGGGUUCUAAUCUCCAGGGAAGUUGGAAAGGGAGAGAUCUGGUGGCAGAUGCAGAGACUCCUAUCACCCAGUUUUCCUGGCCAAAGGCCACCACUGAAGUGAGCUCAAGGACAACCAGAACACAGCCCAGAGAGAGCAGCAAUCCCCUCGUGGUCAUCAUACCACUUGCCGUCGCCACCUUUUUGUUGAUGGUGACCGUGAUGUCACUUUGUAUCUGCCUGAUGUGCCGCAAGGUAAAAAAAGCUAAACCCUUCAUUGAUCCUCCAGGCAGCCCAGAGCCCAGGACUCCAAACCUAAGUCCAGAAAGGAGUGUGACCAUCCCCUCUGUCACAGUGACACCCCUUAAAAGAAGCUCCAGCAGCCCAGCAGUCAGCCCUUACCUGGCCCCAAGAUGUCAACCGUUGCUUGCCCCAGUGGCUAAACCGGUGGAGAAAGUCUCUCUCUGCGAUGCCUGGAAGAGUCUGGAUCCAGAAAUGGUCCAGCAUUGCCGGAAGACCAACCCAACACUUAGGCGCAAUCAGUACUGGGUCUAGGGAGGCAUGAAAAUGUGCAAAGUGGUUUGGCUUCCCACCAUCUGCAGAAAGAUCCGUGGUAGCCCCGUUAGCUAGUUUUUAAUGUUAUUUAUUUUUGUGUGUCUUUUCUAAGAGGUUCAGUGUCCCCGAAAAGGAAGAUAGAGCUUAGUCACAAUAUAUUUUUCAUGAAAUAGAAAAGUCUAUUUGUAUAAACCCAUUACAAAAGACUUCUGCAACUCUUCUACAUCUGAGUUUUUUAGUACAGGCGAAAGUUAGUGAUGAUUAAAUAUUUUUCUUCCAAGAUAUAAGCAACUGUCCUCCCAAAUCAGAAUAGCUUGUCUGCUUGGAAGCUGGUCCUAAUGCAAGAAAACUCGUUUUGUUUUGUUUUGCUUUUUCAUGGAUUCACUCCCAGUGAGUCAGUUGGAAAUACGAGAACCUUUUCAGUAAGCAGGAGAGGCUAUUUAUUGAAUCAUUGAACCUGUUUCUGUGUUGUUUAUUUUAAAAUUUGCUUUAUUUCUUUGGGCCUUAAGCUACAAACUCUAGGCCAUCCUUGUUCAUUUUUUAAUGUAGUAAAUGCCUCUGUCGUCAUCUAUGGUCUGGGAGAGAAGGCCAGCAGUGCUGGCCACCCUUCUGGGAUAGUUUCUACAAGCUUUAUGUGUCAUCUAGAAACAUCUGCUAAUUUCUAUUACAAACCAGGACUUCAUAGCACAUUUCACUUUAAGGGUUGGUAAAGUCAAAAAGUUAAAGCAACGUUGAGACUUUGUGGAUUGAUUUCACAAAUUCAGUCACUGGUAUGUUUGCAUUAUCUGUGCCUUUUAGUGUAUGAAACAUUUUGUGUUGCCAACAUUCUUGUCUAGUAGAGGGGAAGAAAUAUUCUAUUUCAGCCUCAGUUUCUCUCAGAGUAAAAUGAGGAUAGCAACAUGUAGACCAGAAAAUUUGCCCUUGAUCUUUCAGAUCUGAGCCUUGUUGAAUGUAUCAGUUUUAUACUUUGAUCUGUUUUGUGUAAACUGUAGUGAAAAGUUCCCUCCCUUCAUAUCCACUGUGAAAGAUGAAUAAA